AUUUUGCUUAAAUACUUUAUGUGAAUUUUUGCGUGAAUAAUUUUCAACAUUUGUUUGUCAAGAAUAACAAAAAAAAAAAAUGAUUAUUGAAAAGAUUUUUGUGACCUUAACACUCAUACUUUCCAUAAGCAUUCUGCAAAUUAAAACUGAGGAUUCUACUAACGUAGGUGAAAAUCCAACUCCAAGUCAAACUCAAGCACUAGCUCAAGCAGAAGCUCAAGCUAAAGUUCAAGCUCAAACUCAAGCACCAGCUCAAGAUCACAGUCAAGCACCAGUUCAAGCUCAAACUCAAGCACCAGCUCAAAGUCAAGCACCAGUUCAAGCUCAAACUCAAGCACCAGCACAAGCUCAAACUCAAGCACCAGUUCAAGCUCAAACUCAAGCACCAGUUCAAGCUCAAACUCAAGCACCAGUUCAAGCACCAGCUCAAGCUCCAACUUCAUCUCUACUUCCAGUUCAAACUUCAUUUCAAAAAGAUUGUUCGACGGAAGUAAUAGAAAUAAACAAACAAGCCGAAAAAGUUUGCGGUGCAAGGUUAACAAGUUACAAAAACUUUGAAAUUAUGACGAAACUAUUAAAAGAAACAAUACAAUCCUCUACCAAUUUAUGUAGCAGAGAUAAAUUAUCCGCAAUAUGUUGUGAAACAUUAUCCAAAACUCUUGAAAAAUGCGAGGGCACGCUAGACAUGAGAGUUGCACCACUUCAAAAGCGUAUGCAGAAACAAGUACUAAGUAAAAUUCGUCGAAAACUUUAAUUUCGAAGAAUACUAAACAUAACAGAAUGUUAUUAUUAUUGUUUCAUAAUUAAUACCCUUCUUGUUUGUAUCUCGGUGAAGAAAAUUUGUCUAAAUGUUUUUCGAAGCAGGGUAUUUUCAAAAAAUUAUAAAUUUCUAUUUAAGGCAAAAAUUAAAUAACUAUACCUAACUAAUUACUGAUGUUAUAAAGAAUGAUAAAUCUAUUUUAAAAAUAAAUUUCAAAUAAAAAUGUUACUUUAAAAAUUA